GCGCACAGAGCGAGUACAUAAGCCUUGGCGAGGUUGGUGCCGGUAGCUCAACCCUCCUCACCUCACUCACCCUCCUCUCCUCGGCGAGGCUGGAGACGUUGGCGAUGUCGCAGGGCGGCAAGGACAGUGGCGGCCGCCGUAGGCAUCGGUACCGCAUCGAGACCAGGGCGCUGUCCUACGUGCUCCCGCCGCGCGCGCGCAUCCCGUUCCCGUGGGCCGCCGCCCGGGGGAAGGAGGAGAGGCUACUGCUGCGCGGCGUCACCUGCGAGGCGCCGCCGGGGGAGCUGGUGGCGAUCGUGGGGCCGAGCGGGGCGGGCAAGACCACGCUACUGUCGAGUUAUUUAUGAUUAUGAUCAUCUCGUCGCGCGGCUUCGCCUCUUUAGUAUCCCGCAGCUUGUCAUCGCCAGAUUGGUAUUGCCGCCGUACACCACUCGCCAGAUUGGUCCGUCUAUAGCGCCGGAUCUAGGAAACAAGAACGACGGGAAAUAAACUGAUGAGCAAUAUGUACAAGAGAAAAGAGGAUCCUAGUUAUCAUUAACUUCAUCCCCAACCCACGUUAGCACGCCGCCCAGCCGCCCUCCUAGAGCAGCCCGCGCACGGUGCUGGCCAGCGUGGGCCGCGCCGCCGCGUCGGCCUCCAUCACCUGCAGUCGUGUCUUCACGGUGUCCAGCGGCAUGGUCACCAGUGCCGCGGUGCCCCCGGCCAGGGCCGUGCUCGCGCCCUGCACGGCCAUCAGGCAGGCGCAGCUCUCGGAGCGCUCGGUUCCCACGGGGCCGGCAGCCACCGGAUCUCCUCCACCGCUGCGGCCGCCGCCGCCGCGCCGCUCUCCUCCUCCAUGUCUACGACACCGAAGCUAGAAUGAAAGGGCAGCAAUGUCUUUUACCGUUUUACAUUCGCUGUUUAUCUGGCUUCAUCGGUAACGAACCCAAUCUGGCUAGUGAUGCACGACGGCAAUACCAAUCUGGUGAUGACGAGCUGCGGGAUACCAAAGAGGCGAAGCCGCGCGACGAGAUGAUCAUAAUCACAAAUAACUCGCUACUGUCGGUGCUGGCCGGGUCGGCGGACCCGGCGCGGGUGGCGGCCGGCGAGGUGCUGGUCAACGGGCUGCCCAUGGACGCCGCCAUGUUCCGCCGCGUGUCCGGGCACGUGCCGCAGGACGACGCGUUGCUCCCGGGGCUCACCGUCGAGGAGUCGCUCGUGUACAGCGCGCGCCUGCGGCUUCGCUCCGGCGGGACGUCGUCCGGCGCCGAGGACCGGGCGCGGGAGCUCAUGGCGGAGCUCGGGCUGGGCCACGUCGCGGCGUCCAGGGUCGCCGACGUGUCCGGCGGCGAGCGGAGGCGGGUCUCCAUCGGGGUCGAGCUUGUGCACGACCCGGCCGUGCUGCUGCUGGACGAGCCCACGUCGGGCCUCGACUCCGGGUCCGCGCUCCACAUUGUCAAGAUGCUCAGGGACAUGGCCGCCGCGCACGCCAAGACCGUCGUGCUCACCAUCCACCAGCCGGGGUUCCGCAUCCUCGAGCUCAUCGACCGCGUCGUGCUCCUCGCCGACGGCGCCGUCCGCCACCACGGCUCCCUCGACUUCCUCCACUCACGCCUCGUCGCCACUGGCCACGCCCUCCCCGCGCACGUCAACGUCCUCGAGUACGCCAUGGAGACCAUCGACUCCCUCAAGCCCGACGUCGCCGUAGCCACUGCGGUCACCGCGAUCACCGCCGCCUCCUCAGCGAACCGAGACGACGACGUCGCGCCGGUGCUAACAGUACCCUCGUCCGCGCGGCGCGCGGGGUACGCCAACUCGCCGGCGGCGGAGGCGCGCAUUCUGGCGGGGCGGUUCGCCAAGACGAUGCUGCGGACGCCGCAGCUGUUCGCGGCGCGGAUGGCGCAGUCGGUGCUGGCCGGCGCGUUCCUGGGCAGCAUCUUCCUGGGCACCACCGACCUGCAGUCCCGCCUCGGCUUCUUCGCCUUCACCCUCACCUACCUGCUCUCCUCCACCACCGAGGCCCUGCCCGUGUUCCUCCAGGAGCGCCGCACCCUGGAGCGGGAGAUCUCCCGCGGCGCCUACCGCGUGUCCUCCUACGUCGCCUCCAACGCCGGCGUCUUCCUGCCAUUCCUCCUCGCCGCGGCGGUGCUCUACGCGGCGCCCGUGUACUGGCUCGUGGGCCUGGCGCGCGAGCCCGCCGCCUUCGCCUACUUCGUGCUCGUCGUGUGGCUCGUCAUGCUCACCGCCAACUCCUUCGUCGCCUGCCUCGGUGCGCUGGUACCGAACUACAUCGUGGGGAACUCCGUCGUCGCGGGCCUCAUCGGCUGCUUUUUCCUCUUCUCCGGCUACUUCGUGGCCGGCAAGAACAUCCCGCGUUACUGGGUGUUCAUGCACUACGCCAGCCUGUUCAAGUACCCGUUCGAGGCACUGGUGGUGAACGAAUACGGCGGUGCGCGUGGCGCCAGGGAGUGCCUCGCCUCGGCCGGCGGCGCCGGGGGCCUCUGCGUGCUCGAUGGCGCGGGGCUGCUGCGGCAGCAGGGGAUGCGAGAGGGCAUGCGGUGGAGCAACCUGGGCGUCAUGCUCGGCUUCGUGGUCGGGUAUAGGGUGCUCUGCUUCGUCUUCCUCUCCUUCAGGUGCCACCGCACGUGGAGGUGAGGGCGGGAGCCUAUGCCGGUGGCGGCCAUUUGGCCAUUGGCGUACAAGUAACUGCAAAUAGUGUUCGCUCGUUUAAAUUUCAUCUCAUCUUCUUCUUUCUUAUCGUGAUUUUCUCCACGAGCAUCGCUUCGAAUUAGGAUGGCUACGAAUUUAUAUAUAUGUUUGGGAGAUACUACUGAUCGAGAUCGAGUUGCUGCAUAGUGGUCAGUGGAUAAUGUUCUUCUUGAUGAAUAGUGGGGUACUGGGGUUGAUGGAUAAUACUAAUGGGAGGAUAAAUAUUUUGAUGU